CGUGUACGGAUCUGUGCAGUCUACGAAGAAAAUAUUUUUACGGACUAGAAAGUUGUGCUGGAUUUAAACGCUUAAAUUACCUCACUGUAGCAUUUGAUUUUGCCCGUGAACGUGUGAAAGGUCACAAAAGCAUACUGCUUUUUGCCGUUUAUUCCUUGAUUCCGCUUUAAUUCAAUGUAUUCGCUGUAUUUUUGCCUUGGAUUUCCUUACUGAUUUAUUCAUGGGUUUAUACAUUUCCUCCUCUCUUCUGCCUCCCUGGAUUUCGGCAUUUUGCUGGUUGCUGCAUCUUGAUAGUUUGGAACGCGAAGUUUGCUGGGCUUUCUUGUUUGGUGUCCAUGUUUACUCUACUGUCUAUGCCAUUGUGACGUGAACGACUCUUCUUCGCAUAUUCUGAUUUUCCUCAAUUAAGCUCUCUUCCAAUCCGAAGAAAGCUCACUACUGACCGGUGAACUGCGUUGUUCCCAAGUUGCAAAUCAGCUUUUUGCCCUACUUCCAAAAUCGCAUCGCCACCGAGAAUGUCAGCCACUGCUGUUGAAAUGCAGACGUCACCCGUGACCUUCCCGCUGUCCAUCGGGCAUCGGCUGGAUACGAUCCGUACUGCGGCCGAAAUGAAAUGGAGUUCAAAUUGGUCCACGCCAGCGAGGCCGGAAGGACGAAAGGUCACUGCCGGUCAGCGCGACCGCAUUCCAAAGGUCCUGCUGUCCAUCGAGCGCAAACCGAAGCCCAGCGUUCCCAAGGACACCGAACGCAAACAUCCGGUUAAUGAGGUCCAGCAGACACCGGAGAAGGUCACCGCCGCGAAGGAUCCACAAGCCGAGGAGAAAGCUUGGGGUCCCCUGUUCAAAAGCCGCGAGCACUUUACGGAGAUGCAUCUGUGCUGAACGGCGCUGCUUUUGCAUGAUUGAUUUUAAUUUGCAAGCCAGUUAAACUUUACUCGUAUAUACAUAAUAUAGAGUAUAUCACUUCAAAGAGCCGGCGUAUUUUUGCGGCACUUACAUGUUAUUUCUUCUUGUUGCGCAUAAUAAUAUCUUAUUAUUCUACAGUACUACUGGCUGUAUCAAUUAUGUUCUAUGAGUACAGUAAUAACUAUGAGCAAUGUUUUACGGGAAUUCAUUUUUAUAUGUUUCCUACUUAGUUCUAAAUGCAUGUAACCAAUAUUUCGGUGCGUGAAUUAGUAAUCUACAUACUCUGAUUAUGCAUACAGUACACAUAAUUAUAAUAAAUACUAGCGCAUCCCAA